GUGAGUGUAGAAACAAGGAGGUGGACUUAAUGAAGUGACCGCUAGGUGUACUUCUCCACUACGAAUACAUUUAAAGCAGGAACAGGUUUUUGAUCUCAGCUGGUUGGUGGACUAAACUACUAGUCCUUUUUAAAUGGCCGACAGUGAAAUAUGUCGACACAAACAUCAGAAAUGUUUAUUCGAAUGGACAGAUUUAACUGGACUGUUGUCUGUAACCUUUGAGUGCAAUAUCAGUAGCUAGUUGGUUGUCAGUUUGCAUGAAUAUAGAGUCAUAUUUAAUGAUGAUAAUGACACUGUGUGUUGUGUUCAGCUCAUUAGUGUUUAAUUUGAGCGCUGCAUGAUGGAUCUUCAUAACUCCAGCAGAGGUGGAGGAACCUCUGACCCAAAAUUGCAGACUAAGAGAGCAGUUGGUCCUGUGUCCAGCUGUGUCUCUAUGAAGAGCGACUGGUCUAUGGGGAAUCCUGUUGGUUUUAGCAGCAUACCUGGGACCUCUGACCAAGAGAAGUGCUCCGCAGAUGCAGCACUGCAGAUACACAUGGACACACUGAUGGUGGGAACUGGAAACCUGCAGCAGGAUUCUUACCAACCUGUGCAUGUUGUUCUACACAGAGUCUUAGAGAGACACAAAUCCAGCAUUAAAAACAAGUAUGACAGCUUAUUUGAGGGAAUCAAAAUAAAAGAGAAUAAAACUCUUCUGAACAGGAUUUAUACACAGCUCUACAUCAUAGAGGGACAGAGUGAAGGAGUGAAUGAAGAACAUGAGGUUUUACAGAUGGAGAAAACAGCUAGGAAACAUUUACAAGGCACUGCAAUCAACUGCUUAGACAUCUUCAAACCUCUACAAGGUCCUAAGGAAGAGAAAAAAAAAGAGAUCAUUAGAGCAGUGCUGGCUAAAGGUCUCACACAGAAAGACAGAAAGGAAGACAAAGGACCAACAGUACAAAAGCUCAGAAUAGUGGCCACCAAAGGCAUUGCUGGAAUUGGAAAAACUGUCUCUGUGCAGAAGUUCAUUCUGGACUGGGCUGAAGGAAAAGCCAAUCAGGAUGUAGAUUUCAUGUUUGUGCUUCCGUUCCGGGAGCUGAACCUGAUUAAAGAUGACCAAUACAGUCUUCAUGGACUUCUGUGUGACUUCCAUCCUGAGCUCAAAGAUCUGGACCCAAAGAUUUAUGAUCAGAUCAGAGCUGUGUUUAUAUUUGAUGGUCUGGAUGAAAGCAGAAUUCCACUGAACUUUUUGCAGUGUGAGACAGUAUCUGACAUAACUGUGAAAUCAUCAGUGGAUGUUUUGAUAACAAACUUAAUCAAAGGAGAGCUGCUUCCCUCUGCCCUCAUCUGGAUAACCUCUCGACCAGCAGCAGCCAAUCAGAUCCCUCCUAAAUACAUCAACCGUGUGACAGAAAUUCAGGGAUUCAAUGACCCACAGAAGGAGGAAUACUUCAGGAAGAGGAUCAGUGAUGAAGACCAAGCCAAGAAAAUGAUCUCCCACAUUAAGACAGUGAGGAGCCUCCACAUCAUGUGCCACAUUCCAGUCUUCUGCUGGAUCUCAGCCACUGUUCUUCCUCAAAUCAUGAAAGAGCAAAAUACAGAAAUCCCUAAACUCUGACUAAAAUGUACUCACACUUCCUGAUCACUCAGACCAACAUGAAGAAUGAGAAGUAUUAGGAGAAAGAUGAGAGAGAUCCAAAGAACCUGCUGGAGUCCAACAGAACAAUUCUUCUGAAACUGGCUGAACUGGCUUUCAAACAGCUGAUGAAGGGCAAUGUGAUGUUCUAUUAAGAGGACCUGAGAGAAUGUGCAUUGAUGUCACUGAGGCCUGGAAUUUGCACUGAGAUCUUUAGGGAGGAAUGUGUGCUUUACCAGAGGAAGGUCUACUGUUUUGUUCAUCUGAGCUGUCAGGAGUUCCUGGCCGCUGUUUAUGUAUUUCUCUGCUAUGAGAGCAAGAACAUGGAGAUAUUGCAGCGGUUUAAACCUCGACACAGAGAGUGGUGUGAGAAUGUUUCACUGGAUGGGCCACUGGAGGGAGCAGUGGAUAAAGCCUUGGAGAGUAAAAAUGGACACCUGGAUCUUUUUCUCCGUUUCCUGCUGGGCAUCUCACUGGAGUCCAAUCAGAGACGCCUGCAGGGCCUACUGACGCAAAGACACAAAAGCUCAUAGAGAGUCACAGACUACAUCAAGAAAUUAAUUAAAGGAGAUGAAAAAGAUAAUCAUUACUUCUUAACUGACAGAUCUCUAUCUACUGAGAUCUUUUCCUCUGUUUGUCUGAAAUGAAUGACCAGUCUCUCUCCAGAGAGAUUCAAGAAUAUCUAAAAUCAGAGAAACACUCGGAGGAGAAGCUUUCUCCUGGACAGUGUUCAGCACUAGCCUAUAUGCUUCUGAACUCAGAGGAGGUGCUGGAUGAGCUGAGCUUGAAGAAAUACAACACCUCAGAGGAGGAUUAUAGGAGACUGAUCCCAGCUGUGAAUGCCUGCAGAAAGGAUCUAUUAGCUGGCUGUUUUCUUACCACAAACUCCUGUGAAAAACUCUCAUCAGCUCUACAAUCAGCAAACUCUUCCCUGAUAGAACUGGAUCUUAGUAAUAAUUACCUGCAGGAUUCAAGAGUGCAGCUGCUCUC